AUGCCUCCAGGGCUUCGCAAGGUCUUUGGAAGAUGUUCCGGUCCUCAUGGAAUCCCCACUCCAGGCACAGCAACAACGACGCUAAUGCCUCAGGAGACCCUGGCUCUGCUGCCUUCUGACACCGCCAAGAGACCAGGCCCCAGGCCUACCGCCAGCAAGAUUCCAGGAGCUGGGCACUGCCACCAAGAGUCCAGGAGCUGGGCACCGCCACCAAGAUUCCAGGAGCUGGGCACUGCCACCAAGAGUCCAGGAGCUGGGUACUGCCUCAAAGAGUCCAGGCACUGGGCACCACCACCAAGAUUCCAGGAGCUGGGCACCGCCACCAAGAUUCCAGGAGCUGGGCACCUCCACCGAGAUUCCAGGAGCUGGGCACCGCCACCAAGAUUCCAGGAGCUGGGCACCUCCAGCAAGUUUCCAGGAGCUGGGCACUGCCACCAAGAGUCCAGGAGCUGGGCACCGCCACAAAGAGUCCAGGAGCUGGGCACCGCUGCUAGGAGUCCUGAUCCACGCCGCCGAUGCUGCAGCCACCACCCAGCCGUCAAGUACAUUUUGAAUCGCUGCGAAUAUAAAAGAGGAAGUCCAAACAAAUUUGGCAUCACCAAACUUUUGGACUCAAAGACAUACAGCGCAGCUUACACCCUCCAUGAUUGUAAAUUCAAUCAGAAAUCAUCAGACCCGUUAUGCCCCAAUGAGAGGUACCUUCUGUAUGAGGAGUGGGGUCACCCCAAGAAUUUUUACAAACUGCAGCCUCUGGAUCUCAUCAGGUACUAUUUUCAGGAAGUGUGUGAUCCUGAGAUUGGAGGUCGUAUGAUCAUGUGUCCCCAGUGUGACCGAGAUUGUACUUAUUGGAGACUCAAUGUUACAUGUGAAUCAUCAAGGAAAUUAUCUAUAUUUGACAACUAUGGCACUCUAGCCUACGCAGUGUUUAUGGGAAUUUGGGUGACUGUGUUUUUGGAGUUCUGGAAACGCCGUCAGGCAACAUUGGAGUAUGAGUGGGACACCGUGGAACUGGAGCAGGAAGAACCACGACGACCAGAAUAUGAAGCAAAAUGUACUAUUCCGAAAAAAAAUCCAAUCACACAGGAAGAAGAGUUGGUUCCUUACACAGCCUGUGGAAAAUGUAUGCGACUGGUUUGCGGUGGAAGCACAGUUCUUUUUUGGAUCUCAUUAAUUAUUGCCACAGUAAUUGCUAUUAUUGUCUAUCGGUUGGCUGCCUUUUUUAACUUCUCUGCCAAGCUGCCAGAAGCAAUAGAUGAAAAUCUGGAACCCCUCAAAGACUACCUGACCCCACAGAUGGCGACUUCUGUAACAGCAUCUCUCAUUAACUUUUUGUUCAUUAUGAUUUUGAAUAUUCUUUAUGAAAAAGUGGCAAUAUGGAUCACGGACUUUGAGCUUCCAAGAACACAGACAGACUAUGAAAACAGUCUAACUGUGAAGAUGUUUCUCUUCCAAUUUGUCAACUACUAUUCCUCUUGCUUCUACAUUGCUUUCUUCAAAGGCAAGAUUGUGGGUUAUCCUGGAGGUCCAGUUUACUGGUUGGGGCGAUUCAGAAAUGAAGAGUGUGACCCAGGAGGCUGCCUUAUAGAGCUGUCAACUCAGCUGCUGAUUAUAAUGGGAGGAAAAGCAAUAUGGAACAACGUUCAAGAAGUUCUCAUUCCGUGGUUAAAGAACCUUAUUGCUCGGUGUCGUGAAAAAUCAGAAGAGAAACUUCCCCGAUGGGAGCAAGACUAUCAGCUGCAAUCCAUAUCAAAGUUGGGCUUAUUUUAUGAAUACCUGGAAAUGGUUAUACAGUUUGGUUUCGCCACCAUCUUUGUGGCAUCAUUCCCUCUGGCACCUCUGCUGGCACUGAUUAAUAACAUCAUCGAAAUACGAGUAGAUGGUUGGAAAAUGACCACACAGUUUCGACGGAUUCUGGCAGUCAAAGCACAAGAUAUUGGAGCCUGGCUGCCAAUCCUGCACGGAGUGGCUGUUUUUGCAGCUGUGACAAAUGCACUGAUCAUUGCAUUUACAUCUGAUAUGAUUCCCAGGCUUGUUUACUAUUGGGCACUGUCCAUGCAACCCUUUGGAGCACACAACAGCCCGACCAUGCAAGGUUACAUCAAUACGACCCUCUCUGUUUUCAGAGUUGCUGACUUCAAAAAUCUCAGUAAGCCCAGGAUUGUCCCCUCCUGGUUUGACCAUGAAACUGAUACCACCUGCAGGUACCGAGAUUUGAGAUAUCCUCCUGGUCACCCUCUAGAGUAUAAUCACAGCCUUUAUUUCUGGCACGUGAUGGCCGCCAAACUGGCUUUUAUUAUUAUAAUGGAGCAUGUUGUAUUUACAGUGAGUUUCCUUGUCUCUUACUGCAUUCCUGAUGUGCCAAAACACAUUAAAGAGCAAAUUAAGCGGGAGAGGUAUCUGACACAGAAGCUUCUGCAUGAAUCUCAACUUACAGACUGGCAUAAUAAAAUGGCAGAGAAUGCCAACACUAUAAUGAAGGGUCCAAUGAGCAUGAAAUCUGCAGACAUGGACGUAUGAACACUUGUGACACACAUCUGUAAUUUUUUUGACUUACAUUUUUUAAAAGGGGGUUUGGAAUUUGUUUAAUUGUUUGAUUUCUAGGACAUGUUUUAUACAAACCUGCAAAAUGACUUGUCAUGUAUUUUGUUUGUCAUUUGACCCAAUUCAUUUUGUAAUAUCAAUAAUGGUCGUCGAUCCAAGAGGUUUCAGGAUUUCAUACAAAUGGUCACUUGUUAUAUCUACAAAGGGUUGACAAAUAAGACACUUUAAAAAUAUCAUGAUGUAUCCUGGACCUUUUUAAAAAAUGAAAAAAAAAUUGUCCUGACAAAAAAGCUGUGAGCAAAGAAAUGGUAGCCUUGAUUUUUAGAUUAUUUUCAGCUGAAAAUUGAGCAAAAUUGCUGCUGUACCAGCAUGUAGCCCACUGCUGAUGUGAUGUUACAUAUUUGCGUCAUUCAGCGAUGUAACAUGGGAGGAUUGCUUUGUGCUGAUUUUACAAGUAAGUGAACGGCUCCAGCACCAGUAAUGUUUAAAAUACCCUGCUGUAUCAUAGUAUUCACGGCAGAGAAAGUAUUCAGUGUAUGGGUGAAGGAUAAUUGUAAACAUUUAAUAUGUUGAAUGAAUAUAGUUGUCUCUCUUGUGGUGACCGAAAUUGGUUUUAAUCUUCUGGCACUAAUACUAGGUGACAGAACAAUUCUCAUGGCAUUAAUGCUGGCAGUUCCCUCCUGCCAUUUUAGAUGUCAGUUUGCCAGGGGUCUCAGCUGGAAGAAAUCCUCCCCUCCUUCAACCUCCUGUGCCUCACCUAAAAUUACCUUGUAGAUGUUGUGAAAACUUGUUGCCUUGAAAAGAAAGACUUCAGUUCAUUAAGUGCCUUUCAUGUCCUUAGGACGAUCCAAAGCACUUUACAGCCAAUGGAACACUUAACUGUUGUAAUUAAAGAAGUUCCAGAAACUGGACUGUUUGCCACUUCUAAACUGCUGCAGUCUCCAAAUCUGAUAAUGACAUCUGAAUAGCUGACAUGCAAUAGGAAAACUCACUAUUAACACUGAGAGCUCAAUAAUGGUAAUAAGGCAGGCCUUGGAAUCAUGUAGUCAGUUUACUAAAGAUCAGGUGUAUGCUUUUCCUGUAACUUGCAGCCAGAUUUGUUCAUAGUCACAAGAACAUAAAUAGAAGCAACUGUGGGUCAUAAUGCUCAUUCCAUUAUAUAAUACAAACAGAUCUUCAACCUCAAUUACCCACCCAAACCCCAUAUUCCUUGAUUUCCAUAAUGUCCAAAAAUAUAUUAAUCUUAAACUCAAAUAUACUCAAGGACUGAGCAUCCACAGUCUUCUGGAGUAGACAAUUCCAAAAUUUCUCAUCCCUAUGUAUGAAAAAAUUACUUCUCAUCUUCUUAAAAGAUGGACUCUUUCCAAUCUCCUUAUUAAUCUAAUUGAGUGUGUCUUGGUUAAACCAUUCAUUGACCAUUACUCACCAUCCUAGUGUUUCUCAAAUGCUGUUAAAAUGAAACAAUACUUUUAUAAAUAGUGAAAAAUACAUUUAAUAUGAAAUAUUUCAUUCUAAGCACUAUUUUUGAAAUACGUAUGUAACUUGUUCUGCAGUUUUUCAAAAUAUGAAAUAAUACAUUUGAACAAAAAUAAAAUAUGGGAUGAUUGAGAUGUGAAAUAAAAUCAGAACAGUACUGGAGAAACUCAUCAAGUCUGGCAGCAUCUGAAGGGAGAGAAACAGAAUUAAUGUUUUGAGUCCAGUAUGACACUUUGAGUUCCAAAGGCAAAUCAUAUGGGGCUUGAAAUGUUAACACUAUUUCUUUCUCCACAGUUGCUGCCAGACCUGUUGUGUUUCUUCAGCACUUUGUGUUUCUACCCCAUAUACUUAAGCUGUGCAUCAAUUCUUGUUCAGACAUCUCAGCAGGGAUCAGGAAUCUCAUCAGUUUUGCCUGUCAGUCUGUCUUGUGACUGUAUCGCAGUAAGAGUUCAGUAUUUGCCUGGUAUCUCAUUAAUUUGCAGCCAUCUUGAUAACAUAUGGAACUGAAUUAAAGGUCAUAUUGUCCUUUAUCUGUAAAGCUUCAAGAAAAAGCAAAACCAAAUGAAAAUUGUAAUAGUUUGCUUUUUGUUACUGCUACUCCCAAGUUCUAUUCACUCAUACAAAAUUUUGUUUAUGAAAUGCAAAGUCACCUAGUAAGAACUGCUAAAACCUUUUUAAAAGACCUAUCAUGAAAAAGUUUAUCAAAAUUGGACAGAAUGGGUGCAAGUAAUAAUGUGAGAUUUUAUCAUCUGUAUUCACAUCUGGGUAGUUGUAUAACCAAAAAGAAUUUUAGUUAAUAGAUAAGCCCAUAAAAUUUUCUUUACAUGAAAUAACUGAAUUCCAGUAGCUCAGUUAAAGAGUAGAAAUAGAUUUCUGAGAGAGUCUCAAGCCAAUCUUUCAUAACUAACAAGGAUCCACAGAUAAAUCAUACCAUUUUCUUCAUGGUUUGUGUAGGUCAUCUGCUGAAAUUUAAGUGGAUCCUCCAUGUUCAUUCACUACCGCAGCCAACCCCCCACCUUCUGGCGCGUCUCCCAUAUUUUUCCCCUCAAGAGAAUUUAAAGAGCUUUUCAAUAAUAUACCACCCAUGGUGUUUGAUAUAUCUCUCAUUUGUGUAACACUUAUUUCAAACUUGUCAGUGUAAGAUUAGUAACUGUAAUGGAAACCGAAUUCUGACAUGCAUAAUCACUAAACACCUCAAAUCCAUUGUAAAGAACACAGGGACUGUCUUUUGACAUGCACCUGUAUUUGGGCACAGAAUAUCAGCUAUCAGUUAGUGUGAUGUAACGUACAUUCGGUACCUGUCAGAACAAGAUUGAGAUUCCAUCCAAAAUAAUUAAAAGUAUGUGCCUCCUAUGCUCCUAUGGGUUGAAUGCUAUUCAAGAAAAUGGGAACUUCUUCAAAGAGUCCAAUGUAUUAAAGGCUGCUUGUCCAUGAUAAUUUGGCAGCCAUCUUCCUUCACUACAGGGCUCAGACAGCUCAUGUGCAUCUGUUGGCACUCAUGGUUAGUUGUAUGUGUAAUAUGUGUCAUAAGGUGUCACACAUUGCCCGUCAUGAAAGUGAGAAAUUAUUUUAUCUGAAAGAUAGAAAGGAAAAUAUAAUUCUGUAAUCUGUGUAAUCUUGAUGUGUUUUUUGAAUGUCAAGAUGCUGUACUAAUUAAUUUGCACAAUCUUUGUGCCUGUAAAGCUUUAUAUAAUUAUUCUCCCACCUAGAGACAUUUUCUAAAGAACUGAUGAUAAUGUUUUUCCUUUUUGAUUAUUAUGACAUACCCGGAGCAUUAAGUAAUGAAAACAGUUAAUUAAGACAAAAUGAUAUAGGAGCAAAGCAUGUCUAAUUAAAAAUAUCACAGCAUAAAUAUAUUUGCCAUUAUUGACUAAAUGUUAAUUGAUUUCCUGUUAAACACUAACAGCAUUCUAAAAUAUAUUUUUGUACAUCGUUUCUGCAUGCUAUUUUAAAACUUAAAGGACUUCUUUCCAUUGGAACAGAUUUUACCCUGUCAUGGACUGAGGGAGCAGUAUUUUGCAGAAUACCAAUUGGGCUGAUUGAAACACUCACUGUUGUGCACCAAUGGUUCGACAAAUAUAUGCUUUCCACUAUAGCUUUGUGCUGAAGAUUGAGUUUUCAUUGACAAUUUGUUUGGUUCAGUCUAAUUUGUUUUGAAAAAUUAUCUGAAUGCCCUGUAAGUUAAAAUCUCUACUGAUUGGAGUCAUACCUAGUAGUUGCGGUAUGACAGUUGUGGUUGAUGGAAGUCAACUGUCUCAACUCAAAGACCUUUCUGCAGAAGUUCCUCAGGAUAGUGUCUUAGGCCCAGCCAUCUUUUGCUGCUUCAUAAAUGACCUUCCCUCCAUCCUAAGGUCAGAUGUGGGAUAUUUGCUAAUGAAAGCAGAAUGUUCAGCAUCAUUCAUGACUCCUCAGAUACUGAAGCUGUCUGUAUCCAAAUACCGCAAGACCGAAUCAAUGCUUAGUCUCUAAUUUAUGGCAAGUAACAUUUGUGCCACGUGACCACCAAGCAAUAGCUAUUUCUAAUGAUAGAAUGCAGCCAUUAUCUCUUGAUAUUUAAUAGCGUUACCAUCAUUGAAUCCCCUAAAUAUUAUUCAUAGAUGCAACAGCAGGUCAUAGACUAGGAAUUCUGCGGCAAGUAACUCACCUCCGGACUCUUUAGGUCUUGUCCACCAUCCACAAGGCAUAAGUGUGAUGGAAUACUUCCCACUUGCUUGGCACCUCAAAUAACACCUUCAUGUGCCAUCUAUAAGUUGCGCUGCAACUCACCAAGAUUUCUUAGACAACACUUUUCAAACCCAUGACCACAAUCAUUUUGAAGCAGACACGUUGGAACACUACCACCUGCAAAUUCUCAUCCAAGCUGUACAGUAUCUUGAGUUGGAACUAUGUUGCUGUUCCUUUUCUGUUGCUGGGUCAAAAUCCUAGACCUCCACCCUAUACUGCACCUAGACUAUGUGGAUUGUACCAUCACCAUCACCAUCUCAAGGGCAAUUAGAGAUGGAUGAUUAAACUGUCACAAUUUGUUUACUGUUGUCUGUAAAAUCUAACACGACUUUGUUUUCUGAUGGGCCAUUUUUCUUUCAUUCCUAUAUUAAUAUUGCAUAAAGGCAGCUUUUAUAUCAUUUACAUUUUCACUCUUUUCAUUUGGAUCCAUUAAAAUCAACAAAGCAGGGUAAAAGUGGAGGGACAGUUACAUCCCUAAGUAAAUUAUAACCUUAUAUUAUGUUCUCCCUUGAAUUUUCAAUAGCAUUUUUAAUUUUUAAAAGAACAUUUUUUAAAUCUGAGAGGUUGCUGUUUUUAUACAAAAAUCUGGAACAUCAUAGCAGAAAAGGAGGAAGUUGUAUUAUUUUACAAUGAUAAAAUCUCUAGCAAAUAAAUAAGGUCUACCUUAUUUUGUUUGUUCCCAGAAGUUAUGGUGAUGAAUUCUAAAAUGGGAUGAAAUUGGAUAUUUACUGAGAGGAAGCAAUGAUAUAAUGCAUAGCUCAACCCUUCUCAUUUUAGAAACCAGUGAACCUUGAUGUGUUUAGAGAAUAUUGGGAAGUAAAUACAUUUAAUUAGUAAACAACUCUACCAAUAUUGCUUUGCUCUAAGCUCUGGUUAGGAUGAAAUGAGCAUUUUUGCCAAAAUGUUGAUUACAUUCAUUUAACUCUAAUAGGCUUAUCACAUUUAUUUUUCAAGCAAGAUAACAGAUAUUCAAUCACAUCCACAACUUGGUCAGGAGUGUGUAUUUUGUUUAACUCAAAAUGUUAGUGGAAAAGUUAAGAGUUCAUUAUGUGGCUGAGCAAAUCUAUGAUUUACACAUUUUAUGUUAAGUAUAUACAACAUGUUUAGUAUUUUUUUUUACUUUUAAAGCUUGAAAUGAAGCCACAAUGUGGAUCGUAUCAUGCAAUUCUCUAACAUGCAAUUACUGAGCAUACAUUCAUCUCAACCAAAGAGCACCAAUAAUUUGGAAUAAAAUAUAUUACUUUUUAAUUUUUGUUUUUUUCUUGAAAGCACUUGAUAUAUUAAAUUGUAUUGUAACUGUGAAUAUGGUUAAUUGCAAUCAUCAAAAUUUACUUUGUUGAAAUUCAUUAAUUAAAAUUGUAUUGUUCGUUACUUUGUAAUUAAAAAUACCUCCCAUGUUUCUAUACAA